AUGGCUGGGGUUAGUGUAGACCCCCAAAAGAUGGAAGCCGUAGCAAAUUGGGAAAGACCAACCAAUGUGUUUGAGGUACGUAGCUUCUUGGGCUUGGCAGGUUACUAUAGGCGCUUCAUUGAAGGUUUCUUGAAGAUAGCCCUCCCAUUAACAAGUCUGACUAAGAAGAACGUAAAGUUCAAUUGGACUUUGGAUUGUGAAAAGAGCUUACAAGAUUUGAAGAAAAUGGUAGUUACAACACCUAUACUUACGUUGCCCACUCCCGGCAAGGAGUUUGUGAUUUACUAUGAGAAUAGGUUGUGUGUUAAUGCAGAAGGGAAGGUAGCCUAUGCUUCUCAACAGCUAAAGAAGCACGAGGGCAACGAAAAUUAA